UUGAAGUGCAUACAGAGAGUGAUAUCAAGGAGAAACUAUUUGGUUGUUGAAGCGAGUUAGUCCUGCAUCAAUUGAAAAUGUCUCAUCCAACAAUUGUGAAUGGUGGUUAUUGGCUAAGCAACACAGCGGGUAAACUUCCCGCUUCUAACAUUGAUGCUACGCUUUACACCCAUCUCUUCUGUGGAUAUGCAGAAAUCAAUGCCACAAGUCAUGAAGUGACGAUUCCUUCCACAGAAGUGAGUCACUUCUCCGAAAAGGUGAAAAUGAGCAAUCCGAACGUGAAAACUCUACUGUCUAUUACAGGAGACAGUAAAGUUUUCUCUGACAUUGCAAAGGUGCCAACAGCACGAGACACGUUUAUCAAAUCCUCGAUCAAGGCAGCUGUUAAUAGUGGGUUUGACGGCCUUGAUUUGCAAUGGUUGUACCCAUCUUCUCCAACUGAUAUGCAAAACUUUGAAACCUUAAUUGGGAAGUGGCGGCAGGCGGUUGUGGACGAUGCUAGAACCUACAACCGAGCGGCACGGAUCCUGGUGGCUUCGGUGCCGAACCUACCAUACAUUGAGAAGAAUGUUGAGUACCCAGGUGAAGCAAUCAAACAAAACCUGGACUGGGUGAACCUUGUUUGUUAUGACUUUUACACCCCAGCCGAGGGUUCGUCCGCAGGUAACACUGGACCAUCCUCCGCGCUCUUCAACCGCAAUAACGGGUCCUUGUCUGCAUGUUUCGGGAUCGAAUCCUGGACAAAAUAUGUUCCUGCAACCAAGAUCGUAUUCGGAAUCCCUUUCCACGGGUGGGCGUGGCAACUGGCGGACCCUCCCGAAUACGAUGUGUUUUCGAAAGCGAGUGGGCCAGCUGCGUCUGAUGUAGGCUAUGUGAUUGGCACCGACGGCCAAAUGGAGUACUCGGAGGUGAAAAAGUUCAUAGGCGCCAACGCCUGCAAGGGUAAAAAUAUCCCAAAUGACCCCAGAUUUGGUAUUGCCUACGCCUAUGCCAAUGCCACCUGGAUUGCGUACGAAAGUGAAUCCACCAUUCCUGUGAAAAUUGAAUUGGCAAAGCAAAACCAGCUGCUGGGUUACUUUGCUUGGAACAUUUCUGGCGACGACGACGUCAACACUCUUUAUAACGCUGCCAAAACCAAUUGGCAUUGAUCAAUUGCAUGCUGCUGCUGCUUCUGCUUUGGUUGGUUUUCUAUGUCUGCAACGCCAACACCAACACCAACUCUACUACUUCAUCUUUUCCAAUAAAAUAAAUGCAUGCUCCCCUCCACCGUACCUGUGUGUCUGUGUGUCUUACUUUUGUUUUCUGCUCCUUCUCACUACUCUUAUCUUGUCUUUCCUUUCAUUUCUCUCUUACUGUGUAUUUCCUAUUAUCCAAUAAUAAA